AGUGACGUCAUGCUGAAGCAGAAGAGAUAAGACAGUAAAAAAAGUGGAGCUCUGUUUUCUAAUAUAUUCGCAGUUUGUAUAACUAUCUUUGUUAAGCUACGUGAUUUUUGAAAAAUGUCGUACGCGUACCUUUUCAAAUACAUCAUCAUUGGAGAUACAGGGGUUGGCAAGUCAUGUCUUCUCCUUCAAUUCACGGACAAGAGAUUUCAACCAGUGCAUGACUUAACAAUAGGCGUUGAGUUUGGUGCCCGUAUGAUUACAAUUGAUGGAAAACAGAUCAAGCUCCAAAUUUGGGAUACUGCAGGUCAAGAGGCAUUUCGUUCUAUUACACGUUCGUAUUACCGUGGAGCUGCUGGAGCUUUGUUAGUGUACGAUAUUACACGGAAGGAAACAUUUAAUCACCUGACAACGUGGUUAGAAGAUGCGCGACAGCAUUCGAAUUCUAAUAUGGUUAUCAUGUUAAUUGGUAAUAAAAGUGAUCUGGAAAAUAGACGGGAAGUCAGGAGAGAAGAAGGUGAAGCUUUUGCAAAAGAACAUGGACUUGUUUUUAUGGAAACCAGUGCAAAGACAGCAACCAAUGUAGAAGAAGCAUUUAUCGAUACAGCAAAAGUUAUUUAUGAAAAAAUUCAGGAAGGUGUCUUUGAUAUAAACAAUGAGGCAAAUGGCAUAAAAAUCGGACCACAACAUUCGCCAACAAGUCCCGGUGGUUUAGCAGGUACUGGUGGUCAGGGAAACACGCAAGGUGGUGGGUGUUGCUAGGGGCUGGGGGUUGCCUGUCCCCCGCUUCAUUCUUCUCCAAUUUAAUUAAUCUUUUUACUCCUACUCCUCAUUUUAUUCUCAACAAGUUAAUUUGCAUAUUUCCUUUUGUGUGUCGCAACAUGAGGUAACAAGUGAAUAAUGGUGUAUUUA